GGGUAUCGAAAACGUGGGGAAGCCUACACCGUACCUGAGUAGUAACUACUGCAAAAGUUGGAAUGAGGUAAGUAUUGGAUGGUAAGGACUACUGUGAAGAGUCCCAAAAAAUCUACAAUAGACUCUAGGCGGUAUUGAAUCGUAACUAAUCCUUAGAUAGCGUAUGUAGUGCAACUUCCUCGGCUCAUCCAAAGCAUCGGUAAAGCUCACCCCCCGUCUAUUUAGCUACGUUCCUCCGUCAUUACUCAUCAUUUCCUGGGUGAUAUCUAUAUAAAAUUAUAUUCCAGAACUCUCUAUUUAUUUGCAUCAGGUUGAGAUGUCGCCUCCAGGCCCCUUUCGUGUGGUGGAGCACACCAUUCCAUGUCAACAUAUCAGAGAAUACCCUGGGGCCACGGCCAAUGUGCAAGAAGACGUCUUGCAUUUAGCUGUCAAGCAAUAUAUUCCUUUGGAUAACCUCGAUCCGCAAUCUGGAGAUGUUACGAUUAUUGGAGCGCAUGCCAACGGGUUUCCCAAAGAGCUUUACGAGCCUCUUUGGGAAGAUAUAUAUGCCCGCUCAAGAUCUAAUGGAUUUCGAAUCCGCAGCAUCUGGAUGGCUGAUGUUGCACACCAGGGGCAAAGCGGCGUGAUCAACGAAGAUCUAAUCGGCAAUGACCCUAGCUGGCUUGAUCAUCCGCGGGAUCUCCUCCAUUUCAUAAACUUGAAGCGAGCUGAAAUGCCACGGCCUAUCAUCGGAAUUGGCCAUAGCAUGGGCGGUGCACACCUUGUGCAACUCUGUUUGAUGCAUCCUCGACUCCUCCAUACGCUCGUCCUCUUGGACCCAGUCAUCCAGCGCGAGACUACCCAGUUCGACAGCCCUGAUGUUGUCGAAGAAAGGAAACAUAUCAGCCGGACUACUCAAUUAUCGACCUACCGAAAGGAUCUCUGGGAAUCGCGCCGGGAUGCUGCUGAAGGAUUCCAGCGAAGUCCGUUUUACAAGACAUGGGAUCCCCGGGUACUAGAGCGUUGGGUCCAAUACGGGCUACGCGAUCUCCCUACAGCCAUUCAUCCAUUACUGGAAGGAACGAGCAAAGACGGUAAACCUCCUGUGACAUUAACUACAACCCUCCACCAGGAGGUAUUUACCUUUUCGCGACCUAACUACGAGUUCGACACGGGAAAGCCCAUCAACAAGACAACGCAUCCGGAUCUAAAUCCCGAUCAGGCAGGCGCCUCUCCUUUCUACCGCCCUGAACCACUGCGGAUCUUUGCUCAGAUACCGCAUCUACGCCCCUCCGUACUAUAUAUCUUCGGUGGGAAAUCAGAAUUGUCCACGCCGAAACUACGCGCCGAUAAAAUCGCUCACACCGGUACGGGAACUGGCGGCAGUGGCGGCGUGCUCGCGGGACGUGUACGGGAAGUGUGUCUGGAAGAGCAUGGGCAUCUCCUCGCACAGGAAGCGGCGACGGAAUGCGCCAUUGCAGCUGCGCCGUGGCUGGGUGCGGAGCUCCAGCGGUGGCAAGACGAAGAGCGCGUCUUCCACGCGCAGUGGAGCAAGAAGUCCAAGGUAGAGAAGUUGACGAUCGAUGCAGAGUGGAAAAAACAUGUUCAAAUGCCGGAGCGGCGGGCUGGAACCCCGAAAACGAAGCUAUAACCUAUAGGAUUAGGGGGUCUUGCUUGAGGGAGAAAUGCAAAGAUAGACACCUCAGCCAUUCCAUUUAUCUUUCUAUCAAACUACCGAAAGUACCGAAAACAUCCCGUAGCCAUAAACCGUAAUCAGCGCAUCGACAUAAGGAACAAAAAAUAGAAGGUAGUGCCCUAAAAAAUCAACUGUAAUCGUCAACGCCAGCUG